AUAAAUAGAUACCUAUGCAACGAAACAGCAUAUUCAGUCUUCAACAUGAAAGUAAUCCUGGUCUUCGUCAGUCUGGUCUUGGCUGCCUCAGCCGAGGAUGCUCCUAUCAUGCAAGAUUAUCACGAGGAGUUCGGCAUUGCGGCAGCUACUCGCAUCAAGGCUGCUGAGGAUGCCAUGGACUUCGACGGAGCCAGGGUAGCAGGUGGAUCAGCCGCAGGACUUGGAUCUAACCCUCAUUUGGGCGGUCUGGUGAUCACUCUGACUAACAACCAGCAGUCAGUGUGCGGGUCUUCCCUCAUCAGCAACACCAGGCUGGUGACUGCGGCCCACUGCUGGAGGCAUGGCAACUCUCAGGCUCGCCAGCUCACUGUCGUCCUGGGUUCCGUACGCCUCUUCUCUGGCGGCACUCGCCAGAACACCAACAGGGUUGCUGUGCACGCCAGCUAUAAUGCACGCACACUUGCAAACGAUAUCGCUAUUAUCACUAUUAACCAUGUAGGAUAUACCAACGCCAUCAAUCGUAUCUCGAUUCCAACGGGAACCAACCAGUAUGUCGGCACCUAUGCUACGGUUGCUGGGUUUGGAAGAACAGGAGAUGGUGCACAACACGGCAUCACCAAUAACCAAGCCCUGAGUCAACUGAGCGUACAAGUAAUCACCAACGCGGUCUGCGCACAGACCUUUGGCGGUACCGUCACGGCCUCUAACAUCUGCGUGGGCGCAUCUGGUGGUCGCAGCCCUUGCGCCGGCGACUCUGGUGGCCCUCUUGCCAUCGGCUCUGGGAACAACCGUGAACUGAUUGGAAUCGUUUCCUUCGGUCACUCCAGUGGCUGUACCCGCGGAUUCCCCGUCGCUUUCACCAGAGUCACAUCUUUCGCCGCCUGGAUCCGUCAACGCCUAUAAGCUAACAAUUAAUCAAUCUUU